AGAAGGAACCCCAAUUGCUGAUAGUACACCCGUGUGUGUGACGGGGGCGGUGUGCGGGGAUAUACGCGGCACGUAGCGCCUCCCCUCCUAUGUACUAUCAGCGCUUCCCUCGCCCGCACUCUGAAGUAACUUCUUUCACUUUGUGACAGGAGGAAGUGACCUGCGCUGGGUGUAUCUCGCCCUGUACCCGGGAGGCGCCAUGUUCUGCCUGUCACACACCGCCGCCGCUUAGUAACUUGGCGAGGAGGCAUGCUCGCUGCGGGGGAGAGGUGACCCUGUGAGCGGACGUCAUACACUGAUACACCGGGCGGCAUUGAAGGCCGGGCGCGUUAUCCCUAAGAGAUGGAUUUUACCACUCUGCUUUAUAAGAUUGACUCCGAUCUUACCCAAGAGGAUUUAGAGAGCUUUAAAUUCCUUUGUGCUAAGUUACUUCCAGGCAAGAGACUGGUGUCCAUAAAGUCAAAUCUAGAUUUCUUUGAAGAACUUCAAAAAUUCAGUCUUAUUGAUGAAACUAAUUAUUUUCUACUGGCUGAAUUACUGUAUAUAAUAGGACAGCAUAGUCUCCUGAAACUGCUGAACUCCUCCCGGCAUCAGGUGCAGGAACACCUACAAGAGAGAGGGAAAAUACCUUUAUACAGACGAAUGCUUUUUGAGCUUUAUGAAAAUAUCACCAACGAUGACCUAAAGACUAUUAUAUACCUCUUGAAGCUUCCACCCAAGUUCAAAGAAAACAAGAGUCUUCUGGAUGUUUUGUGUUAUCUGGAGAAAAAAGAAUUAAUAUCUGAGAAUAACUUGGUAGUUCUGGAAGAUGCAUUACGCCAUGUGGCUCAAGACCUUAUUAGGACUAUAACCAAAUACAAGGAAGAAUUACAAGGAAUGAUGCAGACAUCGUCAUUGCCUUCAGAGGAGGACUUUGAAGACUUACCAAAGCCACAAUUCCCUGUCCAGGUUGUUACUGCUGCUCGUUCAUCUACUGGCAUGAAAAUCCCGACUGAAGACAUGGGAGCACUGAGCAUUGGGGAACAUAUGGAAGAAGUAUGUGGUAUGGCCAAUGAUGAAGAAGACCGUCACCUCACUUACUGGGUCUGGCUGCGGCUGCAGCUUCCUUGGACCGCGCACGCCGCUCUGCUUGUGAUUUUAAAGGAGAAGGCACACCAAAUGUGA